AUGGGAAUAUUCUUUUUUUCGAAAAAAUAUCCUACAACAGAAAAUGGUUAUUACUUGGAUCUGUCGAAUGCGCAUUGGCGAUUUCGUUCAGCGAAUAAUGCUAUAAGUGGUGAAGCAUUAGUGCCUGGUGAUAUAUAUACUGAUUUGUUCAAUAAUAAUUUUAUACCCGAGCCUUUAUUUGGUGAAAAUGACCAAAAACUGAAGUGGAUUUCAAGAACUGAUUGGUACUACGAGACUGCAAUUGUUAUGACUGAAGAAUUGAAGAAGCUGAAAGCUGUCAUUUUGAAUGUCCGAGGACUUGACACAUUCGCUACCGUAUAUUUCAAUGAACAAGUAAUAUUAGAAACCAACAAUCAGUUUGUUUCUCAUAUUGUUAAAUUGAAAGAGUGGAAAGUUGGAACGAAUAAAAUUAAAAUAUAUUUCGUGUCACCGGUGAAGCGAGCUUCUGCUCUUCAUCAUCAAUACAUGAAAAGGAACCAUCAUGUGGUAUCACCAGAGUGUCCUCCAGAAGUAUACCAUGGUGAUUGCCAUGUCAAUAUGAUCAGGAAGGCCCAGGCGAGUUUUAGCUGGGAUUGGGGACCAUCGUUUCCAACUGUUGGAAUUUGGCAACCAUUAUCAAUUGAGGGUUUCGAUACUUUGUUUAUUGAUCGUUUCAGUGCAAAUGUUAAACAAAUCGAAGGUCAUUUCAGCGUUUCGCUAGACCUCUUUGCAUAUAGUGCAAUUAGCACGAAUAACGUUAAAGUGCAAUUCGCCUUUCCCGAACUAAAAAUUGAGAAGACGGUCGAUGCAACGGUGCAAGCCAAUGAAAUCAACCACAUACAAUCAAAGAUUCUGGUAAAUAGUUCUUCUGUUGAAUUAUGGUGGCCGAAUGGACGCGGAAAGCAGCAAUUAUAUGAAUUGACUGUUGAAGCAUACUGUGAAGGAACAAAAAUAACGACGAAGAGUUUGAAAAUAGGAUUUCGAUGGAUUGAACUAAUUGAAGACUAUGUUAAAGGUGACGAGAAACUUGGAAGAGACUUUUAUUUUAAGAUAAACGGUGUUCCAACUUAUUUGAAAGGAUCAAACUGGAUUCCUUUAUCACCUUUUCCGUCAAGGAAUCAUUCAAAACGACUUGAAUUCCUCAUGGAAUCCACGAAACAAGCAAAUAUGAAUGUUUUGCGAGUAUGGGGUGGUGGUUUUUACGAAAGCGAUGAAUUUUAUGAGCUCGCUGAUGAAAAGGGAAUUUUAAUUUGGCAAGACAUGAUGUUUGCAUGUGCAAUGUAUCCUACUGAUGAAAAGUUUUUAAAGAAUGUUAGACUUGAAGUUUAUCAGCAGGUCUAUAGAUUGCGACAUCACGCUUCGAUCUUGGUUUGGGCUGGAAACAAUGAAAAUGAACUAGGAUUGAGCAGUGGUUGGUUUAUACGUUACGGCUAUCCAUUGGAUAAGCAGAAAGAAGAUUAUAUUUUAUUAAAUAAAGAAGCAAUAAAAGCGGUGAUCGACAAAAUCGAUGAUUCUAGGCGAUUCCUUUAUUCGAGUCCGUCGAAUGGAAUCGAAACUGAUAUUGCUGGUGGCAUUUUCGGUUUCCCAAAUGACGAGCGCUUUGGUGAUAUUCACUUUUAUAAUGAAGAUUCCGAUCUUUGGAAAGAUUCUUCUUAUAAAACACCUCGAUGUGCCACUGAAUAUGGAGUUCAAUCUCUGCCAAGCAGGAAAACAAUGUUGCGCUGGAUAAAAGAGAAGGAAUGGUACUAUAGCAGCAAAAGCAUGACCGAUCGUCAACAUCAUCCUGGAGGUUUUUUAGCAUUGCUAUACAUGACCAUGUCACAUUUCCCGACACCAGCGAAAUGCAGGAGAGAUACAUUUUCGAAUCAAGCCAGUCGAUGCCAAGCAUUAAAUGAAGUCGAUAAAAUGGAUCGUCUCGUAUAUUUUAUUCAAAUGCACCAAGCAGUAGCCGUUCAAGUGCAAACUGAACAUUAUUUAAUAUGGCGUGGUCGUUACGAUUCACGAGGCCUUGGUAAUACAAUGUGUGCAAUGAUCUGGCAGUUAAACGAUAUAUGGUCAGGUGCAUCAUGGUCCAGCAUCGACUUUAAUUUAAAUUGGAAGCCAGUGCAUUAUUUUGCGAGGCGUUUUUUUAACGAAACUAUUUUAUCAAUGCAUCUCGACAACGAUUUUCAUCUACAUUUAUUCAUCGUAUCAGAUAGCGAACAACGCUUAUUCAAUCAUAUAGUAAAUGUUGAAUUUUUUUCCUUCACUCAUGGCUUUCAACCAAAUUUUAAUGUUACGAAGACGCUUAUAGUGGAGCCGUUAUCCUCGCAAGAAAUUUAUCUUGGCCAUAUUCCGAUUGAAGAAAAGAAAGUUGAUAUGUCGCUAUUGGGCACCGUUGUUAUCAAUGAUUUCAUUCAAAUUGAUAGAAUGAAUUAUCGAAUUGAACUUGAGACGAAUGCAAUUUCACCACUAGUAUGGCUCGAUUUUUCACCGAAUGCAACUGGCAUAUUUUCCGACAAUGGUUUCACAAUGGUUGAGCCAAAGAAAACGGUUUAUCUAACAUUGUCAUCAUUCGAUGGUCAACACUUUGUCAAAAAUAAUAUUCACGUUUGCUCAUUAAGGAACUGUGGCCUUUAG